CGUGAUGCUGCCCACCGGAGUAUGUUUCUGGUAACUCCUGUCCCCUAACAUAUAGUAGCUACCGUGUCUGUUGUUAAGAUGUUUGCACAACAAAAUGAGUAGUACUUGACACAGAGUCGUAGGAGCUCGAGCUGACGUAGGUAGUUAAGGUCAACGUGCAUUUAAGUCAGGACGAGACUAAGCGAAUACGGAAGUGAGUGCGACUGUGCCUGUCGUUCCAGCGUCGUCUUGUUUUUCUGAUGAGCCCAUAGCAUCCGUAUCGUGAACAUCAGAGGUCUCUUCUGGGGUUUGAGAUUAGACGGUAUGAGGGCCGUUCACGAAAGGAUCAAGGGUGACAAAUGUAAAGAUUGACAAGUGAAGGAACUCUGAUUCACCAUGGGAAAUACAUCAUCAAAGAGUGGCAGUGGAGAGGAACCGGUCAAAACAACUUUGUUUGAAAAGGAGCCAUGUGGGAUAACAUACAGAAUUCCUGCUCUCAUUUAUCUGAGACACAGUCGCACCUUCCUCGCCUUUGCGGAGAAAAGAUCCUCACCCGCUGACCAACAUGCCAAAAUUCUUGUUAUGAGAAGAGGAACGUUUAAAGAUGAUGGAUCUGUUCAGUGGUCGUCCAGUCAGGAGCUGUCAACAGCAUCUCUAACAAACCACCGCACUAUGAAUCCUUGCCCUGUGUUUGAAAAAAACAGCAAAACACUGUUUUUAUUUUUCAUCUGUAUCUUGGGAACCACCACAGAGUACAGACAAAUUAUCACAGGUAAGAACAAGGCACGUCUUUGCUGUGUUAGCAGCGGCGAUGACGGGCAAACCUGGAGUCCAGUUAGAGACUUAACAGAAAGUGUGAUUGGUGAAACUAUUCAUAAGUGGGCCACAUUUGCCGUUGGUCCGGGCCACGGCGUUCAGCUGGAGAACGGCAGGUUGAUCAUCCCAGCGUACGCCUAUUAUAUCCCCUACCGCUGCUGUUCCUUUCCCAUUCCUUAUACAGUCUACCCACGUGCACUGUCAGUUUAUAGUGAGGACUUCGGCCAGACGUGGCAUAUAGGUAAGAUGCUUCGAAAAAAGUCAUGUGAAUGUGAGAUGGCAGAGAUCAUAGACCACGAGGGCAGGAGUCAUCUUUACUGCAAUGCUCGUAACACUGGAGGCCCCAGGUGUGAGGCCCUGAGCGAAAACAGCGGUGUGUAUUUUGACAAACCCCACAUUGCUCCAGAGCUUGUCGAACCACCGUCAGGCUGUCAAGGCAGCGUCAUUGGCUUUCCAGCUCCUGAGUUUGUCCCUAAUGAUGACGCUGAGAGCAAAGCUUGCGGCACAUCGCUCUUGUCUCCAGACACACAAACCUGGCUGCUCUUCAUCCACCCAACUAACAAGUCGAGCAGAAGGGACAUGGGGGUGUAUUUGAACCGAUCCCCCCUGCACUCAUCCGGGUGGGACAGGCCCAGGAUCCUCCACAGCGGGCCCAGCGGCUACUCAGACCUGGCUUACAACGGAGACAAGGAUCAGUUUUCAUGCCUGAUGGAGUGCGGGACAGACAGUGAACUUGAGCAGAUUGCGUUCAUGUCGUUUACCCUUAAUGAUGUCAUGCAGACAGGCAGUAAGAAAGACAAGAAGAUGCGUUAAAUUCACGGUUGCUCUAUUUCUGUAUUAACAAUGCUCUUUAACAUUCUCCUGCAACCUAAAAAUCCGAGCAAAAGCCUCUAAAUAUGCUGUGCCGUAACAUCUGUCUGUGUUUUACUGUUCAGUACAGCCUGGAGAUGAUGAUAAUGCAUGCAUGAGUCGUGUGUUUUGUUGUCUCCUUGUUUACAUGCAAAGGUAAUUUAAGUCUUAAUAGUAUUAAUAUGCAAUCAGCUGUGUAAGAAAGGAAACUAAUACAUUGAAGCAUGCUGUGCUCAGCUGUCAUCUUUAAAACAGGCUUUGUAUGUAGCAUGUUUAACAAGUACUUCAUGCCCAUUUCUGCAUCCUAAUUAAACUGUCAGUAUAUUCUGAGCAGAGGAGCGAAUUUACCUACCUCUUGUUAUUUUCAUAUGAAGAUCAUAGCAGGCUUUGUGAAGUAGAGCUAAUAGUUUCCUCCAUGCGCAGUUCCUCCUUUAUAUUAUGUAUACUCUGAUUCACACAUGCCUUGUACUCCACGGUUAAACUUUAGCUAUGCCACAGCCUGACAGGGCACACAAUUUCUGUAGGUCACAGUGGGCGAAAAGUUAGAGCCAAAAGAUAAACAUUUACUUUUUACUUGCCACAUCUAGCUAAUCAAUGAAGAGACCAACAGAACUGUACCAC